GACAAGCUUUUCCCCCCAAGCCACCGACCUCCAUUUAUUGAGGAAAUUGGUAACAAAGCUUGAUUUUUCCCUUUCUUUUCUUGUUAAAGAACUGAUUUUAGGACCUAGAACCCUCCCUUUGAAGAAGAAAUUUCCAGAUCUGCUCUCCCUUCCUCUUCCCUUCGGUCCGUGAGUCUCUGCUGGUUGGGGGUGCGAUUUCCUGGGCUUUUUGGUAAGCAACAACCUUGGAAUUCAUCUUUUCUCCCUUAAUUUGGCUUAGGUUUACUUUGAAUUGUGUUUUGGUUCUUGAAUUUGGUAGCCGCGAGUUCCCCUAUAGAAUUGCCGUUUGCCUCUUUCCCCCGCCAGGUCUGGUUCUACAGCUGGAAAAAUUCUGGUUCCUGAUCCUUCUGUCAAUUUAGCACUGAGAUCGAGUCUUCGGUUUUAUGCGAGUGAGGUAAGUAACUUAUGGUAAUGCCCUGGAUUUAAGGUAAAGCUUUUAAAAGCAAAUUUUUGAUGGUUUUGAAAUGGUGGCGGGACUAAAACCGUUUUACACGAGCAUGACUGAUUUGAAGUGAAAUUUUUAUGCUUUUCAUUAAAUUGAGCAUGUCUACUUGAAAUUUAAUUGAUUGUUCCGAUGAUCUGAAAGUGAAUGGUGAAUUAUGAUUUUUUGUUAACUUCUGCCUAUUUUGUCUCCGAUAUGGUCAUGUUAUUCGUGUGCUCGAUAGUGGGAGGUUUAUAAACGCUAGCACAUGUCGACAUGUUAUUGAUAGAACCGGUUCGUUUCUGUUAUCCUGCUAGUUGGUUUAUACACUAGUAAAUCGUGUGUCCGUCAGUGAGAGGUUUAUAACACUGGUCAUGACCUAUAGAGGAAACGUCUAUUCCAUUCUCGUACUAUAUCCGUUUUUCUUAUUACACUUGUUGGCAUGCUAUGAGUUUAAUUACGGGCUAUCCAUAUUUACUUACUGAGUUAUCUCACCUUGUUUUUCCUUACCCACCAUUUUAGGUAGUGUGACCCAAGACAAGGAAAUCAAGGGGAGUGACGUGGUAGAAGGCUAGCCACUUGAGAUUUGACAUAGAUUCUAGAUAUAUAUAUAUAUACCACACUCUUGUAAGUUAGAUUUUAAUUGGAAAUUUUAUGGUAUCAAAACUGAUUUUGUUGAGUAAGUUCCAAGCCUUGUGCACUUGUGGGACCCAUCUCAUAAGUGUAUGGCGUCUGCCACGUUCCCAAAUUUGGGUUCUGAGGGUGUGACAAUACGGGUGUUGAUUUGCGUGGUAUGGAGUCCUAAGACCUAUACAGUCACAAGCUUCUUAACAAGAGUUCAUUGAACAAAAUGGGGUAUAUAUUCAGUGCAAGAACAAAUUCUUGAGAAAUGAAGCAAAAAAGGAGAAGAGGAGGACAAGAGGAUAAAGGUGAGGGGUUUGAUGAUGAAGAACAUGCCGAAGAAAUUGAAGCAGCAGGUCCCUCACAAGUUGCUUCAUCUCAAGUUCCUCAAAGAUUAACCACACAGAAAGGAAUGUAGCUCAUUCUUAAGAGACUUCCACGGAUUGAAUCGAAGCUCGAUGAUCACAUUUGCAAGUGUCAGAUGGCAACACCUAUAGGUCCUCAAGGGACAAGAGGAGAUCUGUCUACUGCUGGCACAUCCUCCGAACAGCAACCCACUGAUCCCUUUUCACAUCCAGAAGCAUAAAUCCUCCUGUUGCAGUUGUUGAUGCCUAUUAAAUUAUUGUUUUAGUAUUUGAACACUCUUUGGAAGGUUUUCUUAAUGUUUUGACUUUUUAGAUUUUUGAAUAUGUACAUAAAAUGUUGACAUUAGAUACAGUUUAAUUUAAUGCAGUUUUUAACAUCA